AUGUUCUGUGCUGGGCAACCCAAAUUCCGUUCGAUGUGGGAGCGCUACUGCCACGGCGUUGACGCAAUAGUAUUCGUCGUUGACUCCGCCGAUGCAAGUGCUGCGCCUCCCGAAAAAUUCAACACCGCUCGUUUCGAACUCCAUCAACUCCUUGGUCAACCGACGCUGAAUGCUGUCCCUCUCCUCGUGCUCGGCAACAAAAACGACUUGGGCAACCACGUUCCCGUCAAAGAUCUCAUCAAGGAUCUGCAACUCGACAAGAUCACCGACAGACCUGUAUCAAAUCUGCUCGCGCUCGCUGACCCUCCAGCCCGCCAAGUCGAUGGUGCAGUCAUGGACUACUUCAUGAUCGAGCUCGUGAACGCCCUGCGCGCCUCUGCUGCCGUUGCGACCGAACGCUCCAAGAAGAUCGAGGCAGAGAUGGUCGAGGCCGGACUCAUACCGCCCGCGCUCUCCGGGCCGACCCCGCAUUCGCUGAAGCGAGACGCAACGGCGCGCGAUUCGGUCACUAGUGUGAACUCGCGAGCGAGCACUGGCGGACGUGUUUCUGGUGCGGACGAGGGCGAGGAGGCCGUGCGCCAGCGGCUCGAGGCUAUUGGGAUUCAUGUCGGCGCGAACUUCACCGAGAGCUUCAAGCCGGUGACCCGCAUCUCGUCAUGGGAGGGGCGUGCGGAUGCGAUACGGAGAGCGAAAUUGUAUGUGACACUACCUGCCGGUAUAAUACGCGGUGCACAGUCAAGACUGGGUUAUCAAACGACUGUGUCUCCCGAGAUCACUUCACUACCUCAAUGUACUUUCCAGGUGAAGUUGCCCAAAGGGGCAUAAGACGAUGAGGACAUUGUAGAUAAGCACAGAAUAAGAAUAUAUUAUCGCAACUAGCUCGCUGAUGUAGUGUAAAGAGAUAGCAGUUAGGUAUAGAUAGGACGAAGGAAUCAGACCGCGAUGGGCAUCAUUUUCGGCAGGGCCGGAAUAUCGACGGACUCGGGAGGAAUGGCGAUCAUGCACGGCGGCCCCGUAUCAUCGGAGGGGCGACGGCUGAUCCUUGGAGGGCGGCGGCUCAUCGAAGGGGGCCGCCACAAGAUUGACCAUCGGUUUGAGCACGACAGUGUUGACGCUCUCUGGUGGGGUGGCAAUCACACGCACGGGUGGUUGGGGCGGGGCCGGGGGCGGGGAUACGUCAAUCGGGUCAUGGAUGCCAGUGGCCGGGUUGGGCUCGACUGUGGGGAGUGGGUGCUGCCGGAAGAGGGAGCGCGCUUCCAAUUCGGGAUCCGCCUCGAUGAAGCGGACGACGUCGGCGUCCUCUGCCCCAGGCUGGAUCCAGAGGGCGUAGAUC